UCACCAUAAACUCAUUUCGAUUUUAUAUGUCACAUGGAACAAUAUUUCAGAUGCGGGCUUUAAGCAUUCAUUCACAUUUAAGAGCCAAUCGCAUUAUAGCAUGGUAAUAUUUCUACUUAGAUACAUAUACCCGGGGAAAUACCCGGGGAAUAAAUCACUUUUUCAUACGUAAAGUGAUAGACAGUGACCUAACCUAGAGACUUAGUAUUUAAAGACAAGAUGCUCUUAUUUUGAUUUCUCUUCGUUUCUGACCUACCAAGUAUUAUACUAUCAAGUAUACUAUUCCAAAUCUUUAAUUCCAUAGCUACCUUUUACCGUCAAACUAUUAUAUUAAUUAUUAUAACACUCUUUAUCGCUUUUCAAUAGUUAAAGUGUAUUAUUUUAGAUCACCCAAACUCGACGCUACCAAUUCAACACGAAAUGCCCGAUAUCGCUGCUGCUAUAGCACCAGGCCUGGGAGCAUUGCAGUUCGUGGUGGACAAGAUCGUGAAUCGCCUCUGUAACAAUCGAGAUGCCCACAGGGCCUGUUCAGCACUUCUCGAUCUUAUCGAGAAGCAUAAGGACCAGCUAGAUGGAGAAGCAAAUGACACAUCUGAUCUUCGAUGGAAGAGAGACGGGCGACUCAGCGCUAGAAAACGCGUUACAGAAGCCGACAGAAAGCUACGAGAAUGGAGGAGGCUGAUGGGCGACGAGCCUAGGACCUGGGAACAGAAGCUCUUGCAGCCUCAUAGCAAGUAUGAGGAGGUUGCGCAGGGGGCUAGCACGAUGUUGCAAGAGAUGCAAAGCUGCUCUAGCCGUUGGAACCAAGAGAGAGCGAAGGACAUGCACCGCAUUCUUUUAGAAUUCAUAAGCUCCCAGAACGCGACCCAACCACAACCAGAAGAAGCCCCCCAAAACGAUACAAGAGGCGGGACUAAUAGGCGGAGACGUAGGAGACGUCGGCGUGACGAGAAUAACGCACGCGAGGAUAACACGCGCCACGACCUUAGAGACGGGAGCAAUGGACGAGAGAACCUAGAUGUUGUUGACCAGCAUGAAUACCACCACGGUGUUACCGCUACCCGCGAGCAUAUAUCCGACACUCGUCACAGUAGACUCCGAGGCAAAAAUAAUAACAGAGAAGAGCCCAACAUUCCCAACGCUGAACACAAUAGGGAGCAGGCAGUCCCGCCGCAGCGCCGCCGCCGUACUCGCCAACGCAAUGAUGGUCCCGUCGCUAUCACUAUCGACGACGGAAACGGACAAAAAAAAAAUAAAGAGGAGACGAAGGGAACACCACAGGACGGACAAGAACCGGGCAGACGGAAUAGAAGGAGCCGCCGAGCGACCGUAUCAGGCUCCGUCUGUACCGGAACGGCGUGACGUAGACGCGGCCCCGCACGGAACGGGUACUAGAGUAUCAAGAAAGGCGCAGGGGGUUAAGUUAUAAGAGGGAAUAGUUAGAGAGGAAAGGGUAGAUAGAGAGACUGGCUGGCCAGUCCCUCCACUCCUUAAUAUUAAUAAAAUAUUGUCGCUCAUUAAA